AUGCGGCCAGCACCUGCCCGCACAACUCGUCUGGAAAAGAACCAGGACGUGCGCCGUACCACUAUUAUGGCGGCGCUGCCAUUGGCCUUUCUCGCCAUCUCAGCCUUCUUGCUUUUAAUCUACGUGUCCAAACUUAAAUAUUCACGAUUCCUUCUCAUACGAUGCGAAAUCAUCCAUGUUCUUGUAUUCAUUCUGUGUUCUUAUUUCUACAUUCGCUGGCUACUUUCAAGACUGAUGCCACGAAUUCGUGGAUUCAAUCUCAUGUGCUGCGAUCUCAGCCAACACUUAAAAUUCAGUCCUCCUGAAUUUAUCGACAAAGGAUUUUCUGAUCUCACUAAAUAUGAACAGUACUGGAAAAUGAAGCACAAAAUCUUUUCCUACUGUGCUACACAGGGUUAUCGACCGUACAUGGAAGAUCGAAUGCAUUACAUGUAUGAUCCCAACAACAAUCUAUCUAUAUUUGGAAUCUUCGACGGUCAUGGAGGACUAUAUGUCUCCGAUUUUCUGGAGUCAAACUUCGCUAAAUCGAUCCGAGAACGACUUCUGAGGUUUGGAACAAGGCGAAAGCUCAGUAUUGACGGCCUGUUAAACGUAAAGGAUCCAGUCGAAGAGAUGUUAGUGACUGAGGUGCAUCGACUGGACGAUGUGCUUUCUCGAAUUGAUCCCAACUGUACCUCACUCACUGGCUCGACAAUGAUUGCUGCGAUUAUGGAGAAUAAUCGUCAUCUAAGUGUGAUAAAUGUGGGAGAUUCGCGAGCAGUAGCUUGCGAUUUGCAGAAUCGAGUUGUGCCUCUUAGUAAGGACCACAAACCCGAUGACGUGAGUGCUUUCUGUCCCAUAUUGGACUACAGCAGCACUUUUUUUUAUCAAUUCCAUUCUCUACAUAAUAAUGGUAAAAAAAACACGCACAAUGGAAAAUUUCGUGGUAGGCGGAGGUCAACCAUAAUUACAAAAAUUUUCAUGCAAACCAUAAGAAAAUUGAGCUGCAUGAAGUGA